AUGUUUGCAAUGUUAGUAAAUAUCAUAAAAAAUUUAGUAUUAGUUAAAUCUGAAAUACAUAUGAAGUGAUGGACAAACUGUUGGAUCAAUUAGACACCAAUUUAAUAGAUAUGUCGUCACUUUUGUUGACUUUACAACAAAUCACUGAUCAUUUGAAACAUGAAGACAAUCGUUUAAAUCUGAGCCAAAGUCACAACAACUGGCAGAUGAUGUCUUCAUUAUUGACCAAAAUAGGACAUGAAAUGACACUUCAAGACAAUUGCCUCUUAACUCAUGAAGAAUGUCGUCAAGUAUUGACUCAAUUGUUCCGACUUUUGAGAAAUUCAUUGGUUGACUGUUUUGCUAAUAAAAUGCAAAUUAUCACCAAUGGAUCUAUUCUUGAAACCAGUUUUUCUAUAUUUAAUCAAUUGAUUAGUAAUUAUAAGAGUAUUGAGACAUUAGAUACCAUCGAUGCCGGUAUUAAUAGAAAAGAUUUGAUUCAAACUAUGAAAUGUUGUUUACAAUUCUUCGGUAAUUUAUUGAGUGGUUUGAAUGACACGAAUCAAGAUUUGAUUCAUAUUAAAGACAAGUUGUGGUCAUUGUUUGCCUUUGAUUUGUUUAGUUAUUUGUUAGACUUUAAGGGCGACGACAGUAUAAUAUUGAUUUCAAGUAUGAUAUUAUACUCAUGUCUUCACAAAAACCUUAAUAUUAUGGUUAAAAUAUUUGAGAAAAAUGAAGAUUUGACAAAAAUUUUAAAUAUUUUAGACUUACUUUUAAAAGUAAUUCAUAACUCGGGUUCUGAAUGGUGUCUCUGGACUUUGCAAUUGUUUUUCAGUUGUAAUAAUUUUAUGACUUAUUUUUAUAAUAGAUUUCAAAUUCAGCAAAAAAUAUUAAUUUUGGAUAUAAUGUAUGAGUUUAUUAAAAGUGAUAAACAAUUUAAUGCCAACAAUUUAAAUGAUAAUAAUAUCGACUAUUUGUGUCAACUAUUCAAACAAGACAUUUCCAAUAUCUAUGAAAUUGAUUCCCAAACAAAUGAUAAUCAAAUUCAAGAAGAAAUUAAAUACAAAACAAUACACGUUUCGAAAAUGUUAUCAGUUUUAUGUGAAAUAACAACUAUUGAACCACUUUUGUUACGAUUGCAAUGCGAUAGACAAUUGUUAGAGUGUUUGGUCCAUACAUUGAAAACUAUUCAAUUGUUGUCCAAAACACAAGAAAACUCUCAUUUUAAAGAAAUACCUCAUUUGAGACAAAUCAACGAAAGUGAUUGCGAAGCACAGAAUCCUGUCUUUGGUUUCAAACGUGAUUUAAUCCGAAUUAUUGGGAAUUUGGUCUUUAAAUGUCAACAAAUGCAAGACUGGGUCCGAGAGUUUGAUGGCAUACCAGUGAUACUCGAUUGUUGUAAUAUUGACGCCAAAAAUCCAUAUAUAAUGCAAUGGUCUAUAUUUGCCAUUAGAAAUAUUGUUGAAGGAAAUGAUACAAAUCAGCAAUUAUUGUCUCAAUUAUCGAGAAAUGGUAUUUUAGUUAACGAUAAGUUGAUGCAAAAACUUGCAUUUUAUAGCGUUAAUUGA